AUGAUUGAGGUGGUCUGCAACGAUCGUUUAGGGAAGAAAGUACGUGUAAAGUGCAAUUCGGACGAUUUAGUUGGUGAUCUGAAGAAAUUGAUUGCAGCCCAGACUGGAACCCGGUACGAAAAGAUUGUCCUUAAAAAGUGGUAUACGAUAUUUAAAGAUCAUGUUAGCUUAUCCGAUUAUGAAAUUCAUGACGGCAUGAAUCUGGAGCUUUACUACCAGUGA